UAGUGACGGACCGCUCCGGUAUUCUUCUCAUUACAGCGGUCCAGUGUACAUACAGCGCUUCCUUGUGUCCUGUAAACAUUAGGUAUACUGUAUUUGUGUGGAUGUUCUUUUCAGUAAUAUACUGUUCAUCAUAAGUAACGGAACAGUCGUCUUUCAUCGGCGUUUUAUUUUUGUCAUAUUUUGCUUUUUCCAUUAAUUCAUUGAUUCUUGAACUGUCAUGUGUUAUGUCAUCAUAGUGCAAGGUCUUUUUAGGAUAUAUUUGGAUUGAUGCCCAGCAUAUUAAGAUGGAAAUGUCUAAAUCUACCACGCACAAGAACGGGAGGAAGCGGAAACCUGUGGUGUUCAACUCGGACAUGGGCGACAGGGAGACCAAGCUAUCAGACUUAGAGGUGGAUGGUGAUGAAGAAGCUCUUUUGCAGAACUCAGACAGGAAUAAUAGACAUCAUAAAGUGCGUAAUGGAAUCCAAGGAGAGCUGGGCAAUGUGGCCCUCUUGCUCUUCUUGUAUGUGCUUCAGGGCAUUCCCUUAGGCUUGGCUGGGAGCAUUCCUCUCAUUAUGCAGAGUAAGAACGUCAGUUACCGGGACCAGGCUUAUUUUAGCUUUGUCUUCUGGCCCUUCAGCCUAAAACUGCUCUGGGCCCCUCUGGUGGACUCUCUGUACCUGAAGCAGUUUGGCAGGAGAAAGUCUUGGCUGGUACCCACUCAGUACUUGUUGGGGUUUUUUAUGCUCCAUCUGUCAUUCACCGUUGACUCAAUGCUUCAGUCAGACGGACAGAAGGGGCCAGAUGUGUUCACCUUGACUGCAGUCUUCUUCUUUUUAGCUUUCCUUGCCGCCACACAAGAUAUUGCUGUUGAUGGCUGGGCUUUGACCAUGCUGUCCAGGGAAAAUGUUGGUUAUGCUUCAACUUGUAACUCUGUGGGACAAACAGCAGGAUAUUUUUUGGGCAACGUGUUGUUUCUUGCUUUGGAGUCUGCUGAUUUCUGCAACAAGUAUCUUAGGUUUGAACCUCGGGAACAGGGCAUUGUAACUCUCUCAGAUUUCUUGUUUUUCUGGGGGAUUGUAUUCUUGGUGUCGACCACUCUGGUCGCUAUCCUGAAAAAGGAGAAUGGUAGAAGGCAACAUGGCAAGAAGAAGACCAAAGAGGAGGCACAUGGUGUUAUGGACACCUACAAGCAUUUGUUUUCCAUUAUUAAAAUGCCAACAGUCUUUACCUUCUGUGCCCUACUACUAACCGCUAAGAUUGGCUUUUCUGCUGCUGAUGCUGUGACAGGGCUGAAGCUCGUGGAAGCUGGAGUUCCUAAAGAGCAACUGGCUCUGCUGGCAGUUCCUAUGGUGCCUCUGCAGAUUCUGUUGCCUUUAGUUAUUAGUAAAUACACAGCCGGUCCUCGUCCCCUAGAUGUCUUCUACAAGGCUUUCCCAUUCAGGCUGCUGAUUGGUCUGGAAUAUGCUUUGCUGGUCUGGUGGACCCCAAGCGUUCGGCAAGAGGGGGGCUUCCCUUUGUAUUAUUAUGCCGUGGUGCUGCUCAGCUAUGCUCUACAUCAGGUGGCACUAUACAGCAUGUAUGUUGCCUGCAUGGCCUUUCAUGCUAAGGUCAGUGAUCCUGUCAUAGGGGGCACGUAUAUGACCCUAUUAAACACUGUGACUAAUCUAGGAGGGAACUGGCCCUCAACUUUAGCGUUAUGGCUGGUAGAUUCUCUCACCUUUAAAGAAUGCCAGGGAGCCCCUGGGCAGACAUGCGGUUCAAUUGAAGAAGCAGGGCUUUGUGUCAGAGAAGGUGGGACGUGUAUAACAACAUUGGACGGUUACUAUGUAGAAUCUGUGGUGUGUGUCCUGAUUGGUCUCUGCUGGUGGAUGUUCUUCGGAAAUAAAAUGAAGCGAUUACAAGAAGAAAGCCCUUCAGCAUGGCAUUGUAAAGGUGCCAAAUAGCACAGUCUCUCUUGGACUUUAAUGAAGCUGGAACUACUGUUUUUUUUUUUUUGUUAAAAUUAUUUCAUGAUGUGCUCUCUUACACCCCCUGCCUUUUCUGCAUUGAGUGACAUCUUGUAUUUUUUUACAGCAAGCCUGUGAAUGGGCUUUAAACAGUUUAAGGCGUAAAAUGCUAAAAUAUACUGUAACAUUAAACAAUCAUAUCUGAUUGAUUAUCCCCAAAAACCACAGCUUUAAAUCCUGAAGAUUUAUACAGUUAGUGAUUCAGCCAUACUUUAUGUAUAAAGUAAAUCAUAUGUGAUAUUUAAACAUCUGGAUUACGAUAACUUGAGUUGUCUGUGCCUUGUUUCCAUUUCCAAUAUUAAUAUGAAAUUUUCAAUAUGAAUGCAGAUCUUUUGAUAUUAUACAGGUAGUAAAUAUACUGGAACCACUGUUUCAAGGUUUAUUAUACAAAAUGCACAAUUUUAGCUGCGAUGUCUUUACUCUAGAAAUACUUAAAUAUAUUUGAGCUAUUCAGAUUUUGCAUUGGAAUAUUGAUUUAUUAUAUUGCCCAAAAUGAAUAUAUACUAAUUAGGCAUAUACUACCCAGUCACAUGUAUACUGUAUAUAUUGUUAUUAACAAACAAAAUGCACUAUACACCUGUUUCACAAAAAGAGGUGUUACAAGAGAAUCCAGCUGUAUCUACAGCAAAACCUUUAUAAAAUGUACAGUUUUGUUGUCUUUACAUUUUUCAUUUGUCUUUAUCAACAUAAUUUUAAGGCCAGUACUUGCAAUGCAAUCUUAUAGUGUGUGUCUGAACAGUUUGUGCAACCAGCAGUGUCCUUUGGGUGAAAUUUUGGGCUAAACCAAAAAUGAAUGUUUAGAUCUUUUAUAAAUAACGUAGACUUUGUAGACUUUUUCUACUGUAGAUGUCCAUUUACUACAGUAAUAUCUGCUAUGGAAUCACCAGCUCUUUUGAACAGGGUAUUAAUCCUUAUUUGUGAUGGUGAAACGGUUGGAUUACUGUAAAUUCCAUUGGACUUUGUCUUUACAGAUCAACAAUAUAUAUUGGUUUAAUUUUUUCUAAUUUCUUCACGUUUUUGUUUAAAUUAAGGGUUCAGACAGGUUCAGAAGAGGGUACAGUUGCAUUGUGACUUUUGACCAUUGUAAAUACUUGUAAACCGUUCCGAGGAACGUUUUUACCAACAUUCCCAAGGUGUAAUGUUAAUUAAAUGCAUAUCUUAUAUGAAAAUAAAUAAAACGAAGAUUUGAGCCUGUA